GGUGUAGACACAUAUUAUUAUCCCUUGUAAAACAAGCAAUACUCAACACCCAACCCCAACUCAUCUCACCUGGGUCAUAUCUUAGCUGCUUCAUCAUUCAUCGUCCCAAAUCCAACAAACACCAUCAUCUUCAACAACAACAACAACAUCAACAAAUCCGAAUUUAACUUGUCUGUGUUUCCUCAACACCAACACAACAAACAACCUUAACCCCCCCAAAUGUCUCACACCCCACAAACCCUAAUCCCCGUUGAUUCCGACGAAUCAUCACCCGAUUCACCUCCUCCUCCUCCGGCGACCCAGACACCCAACCCGCCGUCCUCCACUUCCACCACCCCCUCCACCCUCCUCCACCUCUCCUUCAACCAAGACUCCGGCUGCUUCGCCGCCGCUACCGACCAAGGCUUCCGCAUCUACAACUGCGACCCCUUCCGCGAGAUUUUCCGCCGCGAGUUCGGCCCCGGCGGCGGCAUCGGCCUCGUCCACAUGCUCUUCCGCUGCAACAUACUCGCCUUCGUCGGCGGCGGCGGUGGCGGUUCCGACCCACGUUACCCGCCGAAUAAGGUCAUGAUCUGGGACGACCACCAGUCUCGCUGCAUCGGGGAGCUCUCGUUUCGAUCGGAGGUUAAAGGGGUUCGUCUCCGGCGAGACCGAAUCGUGGUGGUUCUCGGUCACAAGAUAUUCGUGUACAAUUUUGCGGAUCUUAAGGUUAUGCAUCAGAUUGAGACCAUUACGAACCCGAAGGGGCUCUGUGAGGUUUCUCAUGUUUCGGGGACGAUGGUGUUGGUGUGUCCAGGGUUGCAGAAGGGUCAGGUUAGGGUGGAGCAUUAUGCUUCCAAGAGAACUAAGUUCAUCAUGGCUCAUGAUUCCAGAAUCGCCGCGUUCGCUCUCACUCAGGAUGGCCGGUUGCUCGCCACCGCGAGCUCUAAGGGGACCCUCCUUAGGAUUUUCAAUACCUUGGAUGGUACUUUGCUCCAAGAGGUAAGGAGAGGUGCUGACCGAGCAGAGAUAUACAGCCUUGCCUUUUCUUCUACUGCACAGUGGCUUGCUGUCUCGAGUGACAAGGGAACCGUUCAUGUGUUUAACCUGAAAGUUGAUUCCGGACUAUUGGGGCAUGAUAGAUCACAUAGUACAUCUGAGUCUAGUCCUUCUAGCCCAACGGCGGGUUCAUCUCUUUCAUUUAUUAAAGGUGUGUUGCCGAAGUAUUUCAGCUCAGAGUGGUCUGUGGCUAAAUUUCACUUGCAAGAAGGUUUGCAAUAUGUUGUUGCUUUUGGCCAUCAAAAGAACACAAUUGUAAUACUUGGCAUGGAUGGCAGCUUCUAUCGAUGUCAGUUUGAUUCUGCAACCGGUGGAGAGAUGACCCAACUCGAAUAUUACAAUUUCCUAAAGCCAGAGGAGACAUUCUAGCAUGGAUGUACCAUGAUGUAUAUAUCUCCAGUGCCACUUGCUGUGAAUACCAUUUGAAUUUGCUGUAAAUACGAGUACGAGCCCGGUGAUUGCAGCUUAUCUACCAGAAAAAAAGCGCUAGAUAAGCUCCAAUAAGUGCUCUUUGGUUUGCAUCCAAUCAAGUUGUAUAUGGGAGGCCACAAAUGUUAUCCCGUCCACUCCAACACUCCGUUGCCCUCCAUGUCAUGUACAUUCUAAACUUCGCUACCGAUUAGAAUGAGGGGAGCUCUCCCAUUUCCUUCCUAAUUUAGAGGGUUGUGUUGUCAUCUCCUUGCGUAUUAUCACAAUGCAAGUUUCAAAAUUUGUUCUUAUCUGCUAUGGUAUAUCAUCUAUUACAUUAAAUAAUCACUUACUGGUUAAUUAUAAGAGGGCAACACUCGGGAGGGAACGUGUUAAAAUGACAUAUUUUGUUAUGCUAAUUAUUAUUUUGAAAAAUGUUAUAGGAUUUCUUA